AUGCGCCCUCAAAAGGAAUACGUACAGGUUUUCGGCCGAAAGAAAAAUGCUACUGCUGUUGCUCUCGUCAGGCCCGGUAGUGGAAAUAUCCGCGUAAAUGGCCGCCCUUUGGAAUUGGUUCAGCCUCAACCGUUGCUCCCAAAAAUUCUGGAAGCUAUUGCUCUUAUUGGAAAGGAUAGAUUCAAGCCUCUGGAUAUCCGAAUUCGUGUUAGCGGUGGUGGUCGUGUGGCGCAGAUCUAUGCUAUCCGCCAGGCUCUUGCUAAGUCUCUUGUUGCUUAUCACAUGAAGUUUGUUGAUGAGCACUCUCGCAAGACCUUACGUGAUACAUUUAUUGGAUUCGACAAAACACUUAUUGUUGCCGAUCCUCGUCACUGUGAGCCCAAGAAAUUCGGUGGUCCCGGUGCUCGUGCCCGCUACCAGAAAUCUUAUCGUUAA